AUAUUCGUGUCGUGCAGAGUUUCUUCUUCGUUGGUGUCUUAUGCCAUGUUUGCGGAAGCUUGGUUGUUUAAGCUAGCCAUAACUCAAAUUUAGCCACUUUAUGUUGUAAAUAUUCCAACUUCUUGUAUUUUACCGUCCAAAAUGAAUCUGCCAAAGGGACCAGAUUCUCUGUGCUUCGACAAGGAUGUUUUUAUGAAGGAAGAUUUUGAUGUUGACCAGUUUGUCACUGAGUGUCGAAAGCAGGUUCAGCUGGAGGAGAUGAGAGAGGAUCUAGAGCUGUACUACAAGCUGCUCAAAACAGCCAUGGUGGAGCUCAUCAACAAGGACUAUGCGGAUUUUGUCAACCUCUCCACCAACCUGGUGGGGAUGGACAAAGCUCUAAAUCAGCUUUCAGUUCCUCUGGGACAACUGCGAGAGGAAGUUAUGAGUCUGCGGUCUUGUGUAAGUGAAGUGAUCCAAGCUAUUGACAACCAGCUGUCCAAACAGGAAGACCUGCAGAAGAAGAAGGUGUGUGUGCUGAGGCUGAUCCAGGUGGUGCGCUCCGUGGAGAAGAUUGAAAAAAUCCUCCAUUCACAGAACUCCAAGGAUUCAAAUUCUCUGGAAAUCGGCAGCCCCUUGUUGGAAGGUCAUAUCCUGGAGAGGAUUGCUACAGAAUUCAACCAGCUGCAAUUCCAUGCAGUACAAAGCAAAGGCAUGCCCCUCCUGGACAAAAUCAGACCUCGUAUUGCGGGGAUCACCUCCAUGCUGCAGCAGUCUCUGGAGGGCCUGUUGAUUGAGGGCCUGCAGAUGUCCAACGUGGACAUGGUGCGUCACUGCCUGAGGACCUACGCCACCAUCGACAAAACUCGAGAUGCUGAAGCCCUGGUGGGACAGGUGCUCGUCAAACCCUACAUGGACCAGGUGAUAGUUGAAGAAGUGGUGAAGUCCAAUCCAAAUGGUCUCCAGAUGAUGUACACCAGACUGCUGGAGUUUGUUCCUCACCAUUGUAGGCUGCUCAGAGAAGUGACUGGAGGAGCCAUAUCCAGUGACAAAGCGGACACAGUUCCAGGUUAUGAUUUUCUGGUGAACUCCGUGUGGCCUGAGAUGAUCAGAGGAAUAGAGGAACGGCUGGCCUACAUCUUCAACCCAGGAAACCCUGAUAUAUUCUAUGAGCGUUACAGCGUUAGUGUGGAGUUUGUACGGCGGUUUGAGCGACAGUGCAGCUCUCAGGCCAGUGUGAAGAGACUCCGGGUUCACCCUUCAUAUACGAGUUUCAACAACAAGUGGAACCUGCCCGUCUACUUUCAGCUACGGUACAAGGAAAUAGCUGGACGCUUGGAGAACACCAUAAAUGAUGGAUUAGAAGCAGCACCAGCCGGUAGCUCGUACCGCCUGCAGGUCUCUGAGGUGCUGUGGUCCUGUCUAGUGAGGUGCUGGUCAAAUGGUGUGUACCUGUCACCUCUGGCACAUCGCUUCUGGAAACUGACACUGCAGCAAUACUCUCGAUACGCCAAGUUUCUAGUUGAGGUGUUGACAAAGACUGAGGUACCAAAGGAGCCAGUCAGGCCUCUGCCGAGCUCAGCCUCCUCCACAUCUAGUCGAACAUCAGUGGAGGAGGGAGGCAGUGAGAGUGGGGGUCCUGCCUUUCUGUCCACCAAACAGCUGGUUUACAUAGCAGCCGACGUCCAGAAGCUGCAGGAGCAGAUCCCAGAGUUGUCGGCGAUGAUCAGGCAGCGGCUAGAAGCCAUUGGAUUCAAAAACUUUGCUGUUAUAGAAGAUGCUCUCGCGGACUCUCGGGCUUGCCUGUCCAGCAGUAUUCCUUCGCUGAACAGCAGGAUGACGCUGCAUCUAACUGAACGCUGCUGCCGCUUCCUGAAGAGUGCCUCCGAGGUCCCUCGUCUCUACCGCAGGACAAAUAAAGAUGUGCCCGUGCGGGCAUCAGCUUACAUGGAAAACGCCUUACAGCCGUUGCAUCAAGUUCUGACUGACUCCACGGGGUCCGUCACCCCCCAGAUGGCACAAGAAUGGCUGCGAGUUGCACUUGCUGAAUGCACACAGAAAUACUAUGAGACCAUCUCUGAAGUCCUGAGCUCAGUGAGGAAGAUGGAGGAGAGUCUGAAGCGUUUAAAGCAAGCCAGGAAGGGUGCAUCAGCAACUACCACAACAGGAGGGAACGGUGGGCCGUCGGACGACGGCAAGAUUCGUCUGCAGCUGGCACUGGAUGUGGAAUAUUUAGGUGAACAGAUCCAGAAAAUGGGCCUUCAGCCGAGUGACAUCACCAUGUUCUCCACCCUGAUGGAUCUCGUGAAGGAGGCCAGAGAACUGGCAGAACAAAAUAAGUAGAAUACUGACUCUAAAGUGACUUUUAACCUCUGAAUGUUAUGUGCUCCGCUGCAGACUUGUGUGGCAAACAUUUGUCCCAGGUUAUGCAGAAAGAAGGAUGUCCCAGGUUGAGACGAAGAGGGAAGAGAACUGAGAUCCUGAAGCCAUUCUGCAAACCUCAGAGUCACACAAAUAUUACACAAAGUGCUGAGGGACUCUGUGGCAUCAUAUACUACUGUGUAGUAAUAUGCACCACUUUGUACAAACUGUUGUACCAAUAAUCAGUUGGGUCUGAAUGUUCUGUAGUAAGAGGUUCAAUUUUUAUUUAUAAAGGGAAAAAUCAGCCUGAGAAUAUUUGUCUAAUUUGUUUCAUUUCAGAUUAAAUAUUAUAUUAAUAAUUAUGACAUUUAAUUGAGAAAUUAACAGUGAGAUUAUGAAUAAACGGAAGGGCUUUUGGUUA